UAGUUGUUCUAGUAUAAAAGUAAAACGAUUUUACUCAAUCGGCAUCAGUCUCUUCCGAACAUUUAAUAAAACAAUGUGGUACGCUCGUCUAGCUCUCGCGUUGGCCCUUUUAUCAGGCGCCCUAUCCGAUGAACCGAUACAAAAAAGUGACAGAAGUGAUUAUAAAAGAUCGUUCGGUAAAGACUGUAACCAUUCGUACACAUCGACAUGCUUGAAAUUGGAUAUAGUUAGCUGGGUUGACAGGCUCAACGAAAACGACAAUGUCAGUGUGUUUCCUGGAUUAUCUAUAGUGCGGGAAAACGUGAGUGCUAGAGCUAACACAGCCGAUAUCGUCGCCGAUUUAGCUCGCGACUACCCAAACGAUCCGGAUGCUAGAUUAGAUGCUUUUUUAAUAAAAAAAGUCCAUGGAUUUUUUACUAGUCAUUCAGUGAAACUCAACCUCUUUGACCAGGAUAAUGCGGCGUCUGCACGUAAAGGAGGCGGUGGCGGAGGGGGCGGUGGUAAAAAAGGUGGAGGUGGGCUUGGAAUGAUCUUCGCUGCCGCCGCUAUGAUGAAAGGUACGCUGCUAGCCCUUGCGUUGGGAGCCUUAGCUGCACUUGCUGGUAAAGCCUUGAUGACAGGCCUCAUCUCAUUAUUACUAUCAGCUAUUAUUGGUCUUAAAUCUUUAUCAGGAGGUGGGGGAAAGACUACUUACGAAGUUGUGUCCAAACCUGUUUAUACGCACUCUACUUCACAUUCGUCUGGACAUGAAGAUUACCAUCAUGGGGGAGGAGGCGGGCAUUCUGGUUAUGGAAGGAGUUUCGAUAUGCCGCUACCGUUGGGGCUGCAACCGGAGUACAAACCAGCUUAG